AUGAAAGUCCUUUGUGUGGCUGAGAAGCCAUCGAUUUCCAAGGCUGUGGCUACGCAUCUUUCCGGAGGUCGCAUUGAAACAGUAAGAGUACAACUCCUACACCGGUCUAAAGGUACUGACAAGAGUCUGAAGCACAAUACAAGAAACAAGUACAUCAAGAACUACGCGUUCGACUUUGACUUUGGCCACCAACUGGGCAACUGCUCCGUUACUAUGACCUGUGUCACUGGACACUUGACCAAUGUCGACUUUACACCAGCACACAAGAAUUGGUAUCAACCUCCUCCAGAAUCCUUGUUCAGCGCCCCUAUUGUUACAACUGUUAGCGAGGAUAAAAAAACAAUAGCCCAGAAUUUGGAAUCCCAGGCCAAAUAUGCCCAAGCUCUAGUGAUAUGGACGGAUUGUGAUCGUGAGGGUGAACAUAUCGGUAACGAGAUCGUCGAGGCUGCACGAAAGGGCAAGCCAGGUAUUCGUGUUUUACGAGCAAGGUUCAGCAAUGUUGAAAGAGCCCAUGUGCUCUCUGCAGCUAAGAACCUGGCAACUUUGGACGAGAGACAAGUCCACGCUGUGGCUGCAAGAAUAGAACUGGAUCUUCGCAUCGGAUAUGCCUUUACUCGCUUCAUCACAAACAAUCUACGACCCCUUGGCGGACCUUUGGAAAAGCUAACUCUAAGCUAUGGUUCUUGUCAAUUUCCAACUCUCGGAUUCGUUGUGGAUCGUUACUUUCGCGUCAAAAACUUCGUCCCAGAGCCAUUUUGGAGCAUAAAGGUAGUGCACAACCGGGACGGUAAAAAGAUCGAUUUCUCCUGGCAACGGAACAGACUUUUCGACCGAAUGUCUACAGUCAUUCUAUAUGAAAGAUGUCUUGCAGCCAAAACAGCGACGGUGACAAAAGUUCAGCAGAAACCUACUCGAAAGUUCAAGCCUUUACCCCUUACGACGGUCGAGUUGCAGAAGGCCGCGACUAGAUUACUUCAAAUGACUGGACAGCAGGCCAUGAGCAUUGCUGAAGGCCUCUAUAACAAGGGAUUCCUGAGUUACCCCCGAACGGAAACUGAUCGCUUUGACCGAGGGAUGAACCUCCGAGCACUGGUCGAGAAACAUACCAGCGACCAAAGGUGGGGUACGUUUGCACAGAAUCUCGUCAACGGUGGUUUUCAACAACCGAGAGAAGGACGACAUGAUGAUAAAGCACAUCCUCCCAUUCACCCUAUUACAUAUGCAUCACCUUCCGUAUUGAGCCGUGAUGAGGCCCGCUUAUAUGAGUACGUCGCCCGGCGAUUUCUUGCAUGUUGCUCAGAUGAUGCCAAAGGUAGUGCAACCGAUGUUGAACUCGAGUUUGGAGAAGAGCGUUUCAAUGCUCAUGGAGUCAUUGUGCUUGAGAGGAACUAUCUCGACGUAUUCAUAUAUGAGAAAUGGAACAACACUGUGGAACUGCCGAAGUUCACAGAAGGGGAGCAUUUUCAGCCAACAGAGGCCAUGAUGACGGAAGGGCAUACCACAGCGCCUGGUUAUCUUACCGAGGCUGAUUUAAUCGCCCUUAUGGAUGCUAAUGGGAUCGGCACAGAUGCCACCAUGGCCGAGCACAUCCAAAAGAUCCAGGAUAGAGAAUACGUCGCUACAAUGGGCCGAUCAGGUCAAGCUUCGGCAGAUGACGAGGAGUCGGACAUGGGCCCAGCCACAAGAGGUCGUGGACGUGGACGUGGAGGCCGAGGUGGCCGAGGUGGACGUGGAGGUUCAUCAACAUCAGGGGGUCGAGGCGGUUUGAAGGUAUUCAUCCCUACACAGCUGGGAGUAGCUCUGAUCCUAGGAUUUGAUCGAAUGAACUUCGAGACCAGCCUAGGUAAACCCUUUCUCCGCAAGGAAAUGGAAAGCAAGAUGAAAGCUAUUUGCGAAGGUCGUACGAACAAGGAGGUUGUUCUACGAGAGAGCCUAGCUCAAUACCAGCAUGUUUUCGAACAGUCCAAGCAGAAACUCAACGUCCUACGAACGGCGUGCCGUGAAUUUGUCUUUGCCUCAUGA